AAAAAACAAAUUCCUUUUUUCUUUUAUUUUUUGGAGUCAGCCUUGAGCGUUGAGCCCUUGACGGCUUUGGUAGUUAACCACUAAAACGGCAAUCCAGUUUGUCAAAUGCCACUGUUUAGCCUUUAACGUCGUCGUUUUAUCGCAUCUGUGGAUUCAUUGCACCGAACAACGUGUGGUGGCUUUAUCGGAGAAAAGUGAAAUUACAGUGUAACACGGCGAGAUUCGCUGAUUAGGCGCAAAACCCCAAGUCUGCACCCAUUUACAAAACAAAAUCUCGUUUAAUUCGAAUUCCCCAGCGCAAGUUUUUGGUGCUUCCGAUUUUUUUCGCGCGAAGCAAAACCCAGAAGAAUUGCUUAAUUGAAAAAUGACAGAAGAUAGCAGCGUUAGGGUUUCUUCUUCCGAUGAAGCCAACGUCCCCAACGAUGCAUCACACGCAAGGCAGAGGAAGAAGAAGAGAAAGUGGGAUCAACCAGCUGAGUCGUUGGUAGCUGUUGGGAUGGCGGUCCCUGGAGUUAUUCCUUUAAGCACCACUGCAACCCUUGGUGGAGGGAUUUCAUAUCCGGGCAUAGCUCCAGUCUCUGGUGCAGUUUUAACAAAUCCAUUGGUGGCAUCAGUUCAGCAACAAACUACAAUUGGAGCAGUCCAAAAACCUAAUCAACAGAAGAUCCAAGAUGAAUUAAUAAUUGCUCGAGAAAUUGUCAUCAACGAUGCUGAGUCUUCUGUUCGGUACAAGUUGACAAAACGCCAGACACAAGAGGAGAUUCAGAGGUGCACCGGUGCUAUAGUUAUCACUAGGGGGAAGUAUAGGCAACCUAAUGCACCAGCAGAUGGAGAGAAGCCAUUGUAUCUUCACAUUUCUGCAGGAGCUCAUAUAAAAGAGACGGCAGAACGAAUUUUAGCUGUUGAUCGUGCUGCUGCAAUGAUUGAAGAAAUGCUAAGACAGGGGCCGAAUUCACAGUUGGUUCCUUCUUCCCCACCUUCCAUCCUAGCUAAUGGGCUGAAGGUGUUCAGUGAAAGUGUGUUUUUGGGCUUUGAUGCUGACCCAUCAUUGAAUAUUGCUGCACGAAUACGUGGACCAAAUGACCAGUAUAUAAAUCACAUUAUGAAUGAAACAGGAGCUACUGUUAUACUGAGAGGACAUGGUUCAGGAAGCGAUGAAUGCUCAAAUGGAGAAGAUGGACAGCAGCCCAUGCAUUUAUUUUUGUCGAGUAACAAUGCAAAAAGUCUUGAAGAUGCUAAGCUUCUGGCUGAAAACCUCUUGGAUACAAUCAGCGUAGAGUGUGGUGUUUCCAGGGUUUCAUCAUGUAAGGUUUAUAGUGCUGUUCCACAGCCACAGCAGGUAUAUAGUGCUGUUCCACCACCUCAGCAGGUAUAUAGUGCUGUUCCACCUCCCCAGCAGGUUUAUAGUGUUGUACCACCUCCCCAGCAGAACCCUACUGCCAUUUCAACCCCACUAGUUUACAGUGCUGUUCCACCCCCACAGCAGUUGUUAGCUGGAGUUCAGAGUUCCACAAUGGGGCUAGAGGCGACUACAGGCUUAACCACCAGUUCAAUAUCAUCAGCUGUGGGCUCCACACCAGUUACUCCAGCUUCCUUUGUUGGUGUUCCUGGUGUUGCCACUACUGCCCUCGCACCAGGUGCUACACCAUAUUCUGCAGGAUAUUUGAGCUCUGGUUCCCAAGCAAACUCGAUUGGUUAUACUCCCCCUUCAGUAUUAGGUGGCACUAGCUAUAUUGGAUACGGUGGAAUAUAUCCCCAAGCUACUCCUUUGCAGCAAGUGGCCCUUGUCCUGCGACACUCUCCUUCCAUUGCUUCAACAGUUGCUCCAACAACAUCAGCAUCAAAUGAAGAAUCUAAAUCUAAGUCGACCACAAGCUCUGAAGUUGAAAAGGAGAAACGGCCACCUCAGAGGCGGAAGUUUCAAGAAUUACCAGUUGGCUCAAAUGGCACACGGAAAUUCAAUCAGGUAUUUUCUCUGACCUUCUAUGAAGCUAAUAGGCUGACACUGGACCUGUCUGUUGGGCCGUUGGUUUGUAUGUUUGACAGGGUUUUCAGUUUUGGAGGAAUUAGGAGGGCGCUCAUUGCUUCAAUGAAUUUGUCAUUGUCAAUCUGAGAUAUUCUGAUUUUUUUUUUUUUAAUCUUAGCUCCACUUGAAACGGUUUUAUCAGCACCAAAUUGAUUUAAUUUCCUGGGGGAAAAAAGAUCAUCUGAGAUAGGAAUAGGAGAAAAUAUAUGUUACAAAUGGGAUAUCAUAGUAAAGUAUAAUUGAUAGGGGAGAUAAUUAGAUGCGAGUAAAAUACAUCAAAUGAGAAAGAUUUAUGAGUUUCUUGGUUAUUAUCCAUUGAACAGGCAUGGGUAAACAUCAUAAUUUUUUAAAACUUUGGUGUUGACAACCUCAUCCGGCACAAGGUGAUAAGUAACCAUAUCCAUGAAAAGACCAUGCAAGUGUUUUAACCCUCGUGAAAGCUUUACCCUAUGUCUCUAUUCAUUCAAGAACUCGUGUUUUUAUUUUAAAAAAAAUGUCCAUCCUCAUCAAGAAAUUAAGUUAUGUGCUAGACUUUUUGUUUAGAUAUUUCCACAUUGAUUCUAUAUUUGAUCUUGGUACUUCAAAUCAUUGCUAUAUAUUGUUUAUCAUUUUUUCUUUUUAAUUUUUCCUAUUCAGUCUCAAUUGACUUUUAGUUUGGUGUGUCGGGACAAUUAUUACAAUAACAUCUGAUUCAGAAGUUGUGUCUGGAUUUUUUUUCCUUUCUCUUCCAAUCUAACUUAAUUGCAGGGAUUAGAGCAUUUAAAACCUAAUGAACAAUCUGCUGAUAUGGCUGUGAGGAAAGUAUUGACUAUGCCAGCUCCUAAGAAGUUGAUCCAGCCAUCAUCCAAUGGAAUGCCUCCUCCUCCCCCAAGAAAAAUGCCCCCACCACCACCUCCACCUAAAUUUCAUGAU